AUGUCAUCAACUAAUCAUUACCAAUUCAACGUUCAAAUGUCCUGCAGUGGUUGCUCAAGCGCUGUUGAAAGAGCUUUGAGCAAGCUAGAACCAGAAGUUUCCAAAACUGAAAUCUCGUUGGAAAAACAAACCGUUGAUGUUUACACUUCUUUGCCAUAUGAUACUGUUCUUGAAAAGAUCAAGAAAACUGGUAAGGAAGUCAUCAGUGGCACUACGUUAAAUUAA